AUGUCAGACCCAGGGUCCCAGGGUCCCAGGCCCCCAGUCCCCGCUCUGUCGGCUCAGGGUCCCUCCCACCUGCCCGGCCAGCUGCGCAGCGCACCGCGGGCCGGCAGCGUGGGAACGCCCCAGCUGGGCGGCAUGAUGCUGGUCCCCGCACUCCUUGUCCUCCUCUUCUGCCUCAGAGGGCGUGCAGGCCUGUCACCCCACUUCCUGCAACAGCCAGAAGACCUGGUGGUACUGCUGGGGGACGAGGCCCGUCUGCCCUGUGCCCUGGGCGCAUACUGGGGGCUGGUUCAGUGGACUAAGGAUGGGCUGGCUCUAGGGGGCGAAAGAGACCUGCCAGGGUGGUCCCGGUACUGGAUAUCAGGGAAUGCAGCCAGUGGCCAGCACGACCUCCACAUUAGACCCGUAGAGAUAGAGGAUCAAGCAUCCUACGAAUGUCAAGCUACACAAGCAGGCCUCCGCUCUCGACGAGCCCAACUGCAUGUGCUGGUGCCUCCGGAACCCCCCCAGGUGCUGGGUGGCCCCUCUGUGUCUCUGGUCGCUGGGGUUCCUGCGAAUGUGACCUGUCGGAGCCGUGGGGAUGCCCACCCCACCCCUGAGCUGCUGUGGUUCCGAGAUGGGGUCCGGCUAGGUGGGGCCACCUUCCGCCAGACCCUGUUGAAGGAAGGAACCACUGGGUCAGUGGAGAGCAUCUUAUCAUUGACCCCUUCCAGCCACGAUGAUGGAGCCAUCUUGGUUUGCCGGGCUCAGAGUCAGGCCCUGCCUGCGGGGAAGGACACAGCUAUCACACUGAGCCUGCAGUACCCCCCAGUGGUGACUCUGUCUGCAGAACCACAGACAGUGCAGGAGGGAGAGAAGGUCACUUUCCUAUGCCAGGCCACAGCCCAGCCUCCUGUCACUGGCUAUAGGUGGGCAAAGGGGGGCUCCCCUGUGCUUGGGGCCCGCGGGCCAAUGUUGGAGAUAGUGGCGGACGCUUCAUUCCUGACUGCGCCGGUGUCCUGCGAGGUCAGCAACGCAGUGGGUAGCGCCAACCGCAGCACAGCGCUGGAUGUGCGAUUCGGGCCGAUUCUGCAGGCAAAGCCGAAACCCUUAUCCGUGGACGUAGGGGAAGACGCCUCCUUCAGCUGUGUCUGGCGCGGGAAUCCGCUUCCACGGGUAACCUGGACCCGCCGCGGGGACGCGCAGGUGCUGGCCUCCGGGCCCACGCUGCGUCUUCUCGCGGUGGGGCCGAAGGAUGCAGGCGACUACGUGUGCAGAGCUGGGCCGGGGCUCUCGGGCCUGCGGGGCGGCGCUGCGGAAGCUAGGUUGACUGUGAACGCUCCCCCAGUGGUGACCGCCCUGCACUCUGCGCCCGCCUUCCUGAGGGGCCCCGCCCGCCUCCAGUGUCUAGUCUUCGCCUCUCCCGCCCCAGAAGCCGUGGUCUGGUCUUGGGAUGAGGGCUUCCUGACGGCGGGGUCGAGGGGUCGGUUCCUGGUGGAGACAUUCCCAGCCCCAGAGGGCCGCGGGGGACAGGGUCCAGGCCUGAUCUCUGUGCUGCACAUUUCGGGGACCCAGGAGUCCGACUUUAGCCGGGGCUUCAACUGCACUGCCCGGAACCGGUUGGGCGAAGGAGGCACCCAGGUCAGCCUGGGACGUAGAGACUUGCUGCCCGCUGUGCGGAUCGUGGCUGGAGUGGCCGCUGUGGCCAUGACUCUCCUUAUGGCCGUCAUUGGGGUGGCCCUCUGCUGCUGGCGCCACAGCAAGGCCUCAGCCUCUUUCUCCAAGCAAAAGAAUCUGGUGCGAAUCCCAGGGAGCAGCAACGGCUCCAGUUCGAGGGGUUCCGAGGAGGAGACAGGCAGCAGCAAGGACCAGGGCCCCAUCGUGCACACAGACCACAGUGACCUGGCUCUGGAUGAGGAGGGAGCUCUGGAGACCAAGGACCCAACCAAUGGUUACUACAAGGUCCGAGGAGUCAGUGUGAGCCUGAGCCUUGGAGAAGCCCCUGGAGGAGGUCUCUUCCUACCACCCUUCUCCCCUCUUGGACCUCCAGGGACCCCUACCUUCUAUGAUUUCAAAACACAUGUGGGCAUUGUCCCCCCCUGCAGGUUAUAUAGAGCCAAGGCAGGUUAUCUCACCACACCCCAUCCUCGAGCUUUUACCAGCUACAUCAAACGCACAUCCUUUGGACCCCCAGAUCUGGCCCCCAGGACUCCCCACUUCCCAUAUGCUGCCUUCCCCACCCCCAGCCACCCGCGUCUCCAGACUCAUGUGUGA